AUGUACCAGGUUCAGAUGCCGUUGCCUUUACCGAAGCAGCUGAUAGUGUUUAGUUUAGGGGACUGGUCAUCUUUCUCCAGUGAUACUAAGAUCUCUGUGGCGGUUCUGCUGGGUCCAGAGGUCAAGUCACAGGUCAUUGGGAUUCUUUCACCUCACUCCAGGUGUCUGAUCUGGCAAGGUAUUUGGACUCCUGAACUUCUCACUGAAGCCACGCAGAGAGGCAGGAGAGGAGUUUAUGCCAAAGUGGUGCUCAACAUUUGUGGACAGGUGAGAGCCAGUUUUAUCAGCAGCACUCCACGAGUGACCAGAAAACGGCUCACACUCAGUCACUCCUCCAAUCCAUCCAGUACUCUUCUUAGUAGCGGAGAGAGUCAUGAUAUUACUCAGAGAUCACCUCCUGAGGGAAGCGUCAGCUGUGCAGUGCUGGGAAAGAGCAAAGUGGAGUCACAGGACAACACCUUACCCAGUGUUCAGGGUGUGUGGCCAAUGGAUAAAACUCCCAGACGCACUGUUAUUGGAAUAAAGGGACUUAUCUGGAGUUCUGAAGAACUGGAGAGUCCUCAGCAUUCAAGCCGAGUUUCAAGCCCAAAGAAGCGCAAACUGUGUAAAAUGCCCGCAGUGGAUUUUGAAGAUGAGACAGCCGGCAAACGUGUAAAGAGUUGCAGGGCUGAUCGUCCAUCAAAGCGCUGGAGCCACGCGAUGUGUAUGAGUGAUCCUGAUACAGCCGUUCUGAUUGGUGGAGAGGCUGAUGACCUGGCCAGUUGUAAAGACUCUUUAUGGAAGCUGGAAAUUGAUAGUGAUUUCUGGUUCCCCAUGGAUACCUCAUCAUCUGAUGUCAGCCCACCGAGCUCUUGCGGUCAUUCAGCAACCUUUGAUCCAGAGUCUAAAGUUGUGUAUGUGUACGGUGGUCUGAGAGAAGGUCAGCGCUAUAGUGAUAUCUAUGUACUGGACACCAUAACAUGGAAGUGGAAGCUUGUUUUGGCAAAAGGAAAUAUACCGUCAUUAGCGUACCACAGUGCCAUUGUCUAUAAGAGAGAGCUGUAUGUUUUUGGAGGGGUACAGCCCAGUCGAUGUCCCGAAGGCAAAGUUUGCAGUAAUGCAUUAUACAUCUUCAACCCUGAACAUGGUCUGUGGUACCAACCAAUUGUGGAGGGUGACCGUCCUCUGCCUAGGUUUGGGCACUCCACCACACUGCUGUCUAACAAGCUGAUCAUUUUUGGUGGGAGAAAAACGGCAGCCUACCUCAAUGAUCUUCACAUCCUGGAUCUUGGCUUCAUGGAAUACACUGCUGUUAAGUACGAGACUAUGCCACCAUUGGCCCGUGGGUUUCACGCUGCUCUACCCGUGUCUGACAACAGGGUGCUGAUCAGCGGAGGCUGCAGUGCUAUAGGGGCCCUACAAGACCUCCAUCUUUUUAAUAUAGAUACCAGCACGUGGACAUCAGUGGUGUCCCCAGUGCUUUGCUCUAUGCCUCGUGCAGGCCAUAGUUUGAUUAGCCUGGGUUGUACAAAGACUUUAUCUUCAGAACUGAGGGAUGAGAGGGACCACCAUCACACUAGCCCCUUUCUCCAGUGCACCAUUCUAGUGUUCGGAGGAUCAGAUUGUUCUGGGACAUUUUACAAUGACACUUUCAAAUGCAUGGUUGAGCUCCCUGUUUAG